AUGCGUGGAUGCCUUGCUCUAGCAGUACCAACAGAACUCGGUGUUGAGGAUCUGUUGUCGAGCAUUGAAGGAAUCCAAGUCAGAGGCAGACGUAUUUUGAACAAAAUUGAAGAAACAACACUGCCACUCUGUGCUCCAGGACUGCCAGAAACACCGUCUGAAGGGUACUGGUUUAACGGAACGUGGUAUUCACUUAAAUGUCAAUCACGAAAGUUUCCCUCAGUUCGAUCUGUGUUCGGAUGCCUGCAAAAUAAAUCAGUGCUCUUUUUUGGUGAUUCUACUAUUCGACAAUGGUGGAAAUUUCUAAAGGAUCUUCCUAAAUUACAUCAUACCGGCUCAGUUGUAUAUCACGCAGCUGCAGUACAUGGCAAAUAUAAUACAACAUUAGAAUUUACAUUUCAGCAUUUUCCAAGAAACGCAAUAAAUGACAAAAUAAAGUUACAAUUUAAGAUUCUUCGCUAUCUGGCAGAAGAGAUAGACGGAAUUAAGGGAGGGCCAAAUGUUGUGCUAGUUUUAGGGUUAUGGGGUCACUAUACUGCCGAGCCAAUUGAAACAUUUCGUUCGCGACUUUACGGAAUUCGCUACGCUAUAGAGCGACUACACAGUCGUUAUCCAGACACAAAAGUAAUUUGGCGAACAAGUAACACCCGCGAUCAUUCUCGGUGGUUCCAUUUUUUAGAAAACAGUGAUUGGUAUGCUUAUCAGUUGUUACGGGAAGCCAAGAAAAUCUUGAAAGGUCUAAAUAUUGCAAUCAUAGAUGUCUGGGAAAUGACUUCCUGUAUGUGGCAUGAUCCUAUUAUGCAUGUACCCGAGGAUGUUGUAAGAAAUCAAGUAGAUUUGCUAUUGUCAUACAUCUGCCCCUUGUAAGCAAGAGAGAACAAAACUACCCGAAACGCAGGUUAAAAUUCCUUAAUCUAGUUAGUUACAUCAGGUAACAUUUGUAUGGAGAAAGUUGAUGAUGCUAAACCAUCAUAUCUAGCUUGUGUUCGUAUCGCCGAUCAGCGCUGUUAUGGCGAAUCCUUUUCUUUAUAUAUACCAUUACCUUCGCUUAGAAAGUUAUUUCUUGGUAGUGUUUCAUAAGAUGACAAUUAUGUAAUUUGGAUUUACUUCGCAAAGGUAACAAGUAAAUUCCGUAAAUCCGCUAUGUUCCAUGAUCGAAAUAUUUACAAAGUACGACGAUACGUCUACCUGUUUUAAGCUAUCCUCUCUGAAAGAUUAAAAAAUAAUGUCCCGCAGUUCCUGAACAAGUUGCUAGGAUGCCUUAACUCGUUUGACUUCUUUCUGGACACAACAGCUAUUAACCAUUUAAAAUCUUGCAUUUUUAGAUCACGAGAUAUAAAAAAAAACGGUUUCUCUGCAGUGCGAAAGGAAGUCGCUAGGGUGUCCCAAAUGUACGCCAAAAAGUAGUUACUCAAGCAACUGGAUAUGAUUUUUGAAUGUAGUCAAUGUAGUCAAUUUUCGCCACACUCUACCAACGCACCAAGUAUAAAAUUUAAUCCAUUCAGCUGUUCUAGAGUUAUCUUGUUCUCCAACAGACAGACAGAAUGACAAACGCAACUAGAAUUACAACAUCCAUGAUAUUUAUUGGAGGCUAUAUUAAAAAAAAUAAAUAAGAAUAACCAGGAACUUGUUUGGCAAAAUUACAACGAAACAAAUUAAUUAAUUUCAAUUGAUUUUCAAUUGCAAUUUGCCCCACUAUUUACCCCAUUUCAAUGCGUCUCUGUGUCUUUUUUUCUUACAAUUUCAAUUAUAUAUUCUUAUCUACAAAAGCAUGCUGUAAUAUAACGUAAGUUAUAUAUGGUAUGGGGAGUCCUAGGUGGUGCACGAAGGUGGUUAAGUAUCACUCUAUUUAUCAGCCGUAUGGAGCAGACCCUAUUUAAACCGCUAUUUUUUUUAGAAAUUAUAAACAUGAUACCAGCUCAAUUGUUUUGCAAAUUGUUGUGUGAACCUCUGACUAUACAUUACGCACAAGAACUAUACAUUUUGACCUUUUCUUUUUUUUUUGGUGAGGAAAAGACAAAAAGAAGAAAUACCCGAUUUUAAACCCUAUUGAGACCGAAUAGUUUUUUUAAGGCCCGCGCCAACUUUAAUCUCAAAUAGCACCUAAACGGAUUGAGCUAGAACCAUGAAAUUUGGCGACCAUUCAUGAAAUGUAUCUGGGAAAUAUUUCGAGUUAGUUAAAUAAGUUAAUGAUCUUUUGUGUUGCCAUGGCAACGGGUUUCUGACAGGCAAUUUUAUUGGAAAAAUCAGUAAUUUUCGUUCAAACAUAAAAGUUCUCAAGGUUUUAUAUUAAAUAACACUUCAUUUCUGACAUU